AUGGAUCUUCCAUCAGAGAAGGAUAUAGCUUCUUUGAAGCAGUUUUUAGAUAAAUUUUGUGAAGAAAUUAAUGAUUUUCCUAAAGAAGACGACAAUUUACCUUUUAGAAUAUUUUCUUACUUUAUGAGAGUGGAAGAUAUUGAAGGGGAAUGUCUCGGAUGGGCCCAGCAAUAUCUCCUUUCAAAUGAAUGUCCAGCAACCUUUUUACCUCACCUUGCCCGAACAGUUUAUACUGAAAUAUUCAAAUAUGAUGUCACUGAAUUCUAUGCUGAUGAUGAUGAUACUGAGAAUCAGGAAGAGAAAGAUGAUGAUGAUGAUGAUAAUGAUGAAAACAUGAAAAAGAAAGUUGAUAAUGAUAAUGAUGAUAAAGAUUAUGAUGAUGAUGAUGAUGAUGAAGAAAAUGAAGAUGAGUCUACGAAGACUCUAAAAGAUGUCACAUUUUUAGACGCAAGAAAAUUUAUAAAAGAAGUUCUAAAUACAGUCCAUAAAGUCUGUCGAGACUGGAAAACCAAGUUACCUCCCCUUCAUAUUAAUUCCAAACCUCUAGAAGUCUGUGUUCAUUCUGUUAAAAAUACUCGACGGAAAAUGGAAGAUGUUCAUGUUAUUUGUUCUGAUCUCAAUACUCUAUUUAAUCUCAAGGACUGUGCUAGUCAUUCCUAUUACUCUGUCUUUGAUGGACAUGGUGGUCUAGAUGCAGCUAUUUAUGCAGGAAAUCAUUUACAUACCAAUUUAGUUCAUAAUUCAUCCUUUUUAACUGAUCCAUGUACAGCUCUAAAACAGGCAUAUAAACAGACAGAUGAGGGUUUUCUUCUGAAAGCAAAGAAAGAGAAUUUAAAAAGUGGUACAACUGGAGUGACAGUAUUAAAAUUAGAGAAGAAGCUAUAUAUAGCAUGGUUGGGUGAUUCACAAGCUGUUGUAGUAAAAAAUGGUGAAACUGUCACUAAAACAGAACCACAUAAACCAGAAAAACCUGAUGAGAAAGAAAGAAUAGAAAAGCUUGGUGGUAUUGUGGUAUGGUUUGGUACAUGGAGGGUUAAUGGAGCUAUAGCAGUGGCCAGAGCAAUAGGUGACAGAGCUCAUAAACCCUUUAUCUGUAGUGAUGCUGAUGUUUGUAGUAUAGAUCUCGAUGGUACUGAAGAUUAUAUAGUGCUAGCUUGUGAUGGUGUUUGGGAUGUGGUGGAACCAAAUGAUGUACCAGAACUGGUUUACAAUCAUAUCCAACAAACUAAAGGUGACAGAACACGAACAGCUCAUCGUAUUGUGGAGGUUGCUAAGGAAAGUGGUUCUAAUGACAAUAUAUCUGUUAUUGUGGUUUUCUUACGCGAUGACAUAUCACCGCCUCAGGGAAAAAUGAGUAUCCAGUUUCCUACCUUUGCAGCUAAAAACCCUGACAAGGGAGAUGACUCUAAUGAUAAGACUACAAAUAAUAAAUCUGGUGGAAAACAAUGUGAAAAGACAUGA